AUGGACGACGACGAAUUAAUUGUGCUAAGGUCGUACUACCUCCUCAACGCCUCACCUGAUCAAGAUCUUGGCGUACAAGUACGUAAGUCGAAUAUUCCAGGAGCUGGGAAGGGUUUAUUUGCAACAAAACGACAUGUUCAAGGUUCGAUUAUCUGCGAAUACACUGGGGUAGUUUUAUACAACCAGGAGAAUGCGUGGAAGCUCAAGGACAAGUCAUAUCUUAUGAAAUUGGGCGAUGGCAAAUACAUUGAUGCACUGCAUUGUCCACAGGUCUUAGCUCGGUACAUUAAUGACUGUAGAGGACAUUUUGGAGGUUUUAACGUACACUUUGAGAAACGUCCACAAGACGACAAGGCCGAUGUCAUUGCAAUGAGAGACAUUGAACCAGGAGAAGAGCUGUACGUCAACUACGGUCGUCUGUACUGGCUCGCAUAUAACAUGAUGCACCCGAGCAAUCCCGUGCGGUAA